UAAUAAUUGAGUGUACAACUAUUGUGCUCGUGUGCUCUAUUUCACUCAAGCACCUCCUCAACGAUGGGCUGGGCGGAACACAAUUUUUGGGCUUUGAUGAAAAGGCCAUCAACCUAAUCGCCCGUUCAAGAUCAUGUCAUUUGUCCGCGAUCCGCGAUCCAACCUAUUGUUGGGUACUGCUCGCUCAGGUUCCGAGUUUUCCCGCGGUCAGUAUGUGGGUUGCAGUUCAAGCUGGCGGCACAGCUGAUGAGCCCCCCGGCCCCGGCCAAAAAAACAACUAAAAACUACCAUGGCCCUUCAAUUAUACCCCACCAUCCUAAUUAUAUCUUGCGUCAGCGUCAUUCCUGCUGAAACCAAAGGUCGCAGGUCCAGAGGCCACUUUGCUACCUCGCGAAGCUACGCCGCAAAGCUACGCCGCAGACAUGGCAACACGAACAACGAGUUGCGACUUGGCCUUGAGGUCGAGAGCUUGUUGUCUCUUGUAGACACAAGAACUAUGGGGACUGAAGAGUUCUCAGAGCUCGUUGUCCAGCAUUGGAACGCCAAUAUCAAGAAGAACGAGCUUGGGAUCCAUACGGAUUUCUUGGGCUCAUACACAGGUCCAGCAUACAAGGAAUGGUCGAUCACCUGGGAUCCCACGGUUGUAGGGGAGAUCAAAGACAAGAAACAUGCUCUCGAGAUUGUUUCGCCGAUCUUAGCUUUCGACAAGACUGGCUCUUGGCGCUCCCAGAUCAUCCGUUCGUUCCAGAUUCUUGAGAGCCUCUGCAACAUCGAAAGUAACCAAAGCUGUGGUUUCCAUGUGCAUCUCUCACCCGCGGGAAGGGGUUGGACUGUAGGAGAGGUACAGAAUAUCUGCAUUGCCAUCCUUCAUUUCGAGACUGCUUUCGGCUCUAUACUCCCGGAGCAUCGCUGGGGCAACUUUUGGGCAAAAACAUUCAAGAACAACAACCCAACGUUUAGAGACCUAACGUUGGCGCAAUGUUUCAAUUUGAUCCAAGGUUGCAAGACCAUGGAAGACAUGGCAAAUCUCAUGAAUCCCCUGGAAGUCCAUGGUAAGGAAAUGGUCAACGACAGAUACUACUCAUGGAACUUCGAGAAUCUGAAACGCAGCACCAAGGCUACCAUUGAAUGGCGCCAGCCCGAGGGAAUGUCGACUCCUCAAGGUUGUAUCGCCUGGAUGGAACUUGCGAUCGGUUUCAUUCUUUCCGCACGUCGAUCAACAGCCGCGCAGUCCAUUCAGGGGUAUGCGCAGAAUGUUGAUGGGUUGCUGAAAUUUGUGAAAGAAGGUGCAGUAGAGGGCUUAAGCAAAGUCGAACUCUUUGGACCGAUUUUUAGAAACAAGACCGGGAGCAAGAUACUCAAAGACUCAAGGAGACCAACUGUUGCUGUUUUGGCUAAGAAGCUGAAACAAGACAAGGAGAAGAACAUUUUGUUGAAAAAGGUCCUGCAGAAAGUCAAGAGGGAAGCGGAAGCCAAGGCUGCUGCUGCCGCUGCCGCCGCUGCCGCCGCCGCCGCCGCCGCAGCUGGUUCCAGGCCUGGGUCUUCUUCUGGCAAUGGCAGGCAAUAAUGUUGAGGAGAACUAUUGUGUUGGCUGCUGGUCAGUCAGGAGAUUUUCAGAGUAUCAUUAGUAGUUACAGGCUGG